AUGUCGGCAUCUUCCGUUUCAUGGACAGCUGAUGCAUCUGUGCGAUAUGAAAGGCUCUCGGCCGAAUAUUCUAAGUUACGCGCAAAUGCAGCUGUCCUAAAAAAUGGGGUCCUGGAAGAACGAGCGAAGGCGAAGAAAGCAGCAGAAAGUUUGAAGGAGGCUGAAACUGCGAUGCGGAAACUGAAGUCGGAAAACGAAAGCUUACUUUUUAGAAAUGAACAGUUAUCUAAACGAGUCGAAACGCUUCAAAGUGAACUUGAUGGUCGCGCUACGCAUAAGAAAGAUAAGCCCGCCAAGAAAGAGCGUCCAUCAUCUAAUGAGGUUGAACUGCAGUCUAAAAUAGUUCUGCUGGAAGAAGAAAUCCGCAACAAGAUGAGCCAGCACAUAUCCUUGGUCGACAAGAUAUCCGAAAUCGAACGAGCACAUGCAAGUGAGAUUGUAGAACUAUCGGAGAAAUUUGCUUUGCAAUUACACGAGCAAGGUAAAAACCCUGUGCAGGAUUCCGAAGUUACAAGUCCUGGACCCAUUGCUGAAGACGCACUUCUUGACAUCAAGAUUUCCACAGCGCCACCUCCCAAACCAGAAGUUUAUCGCUUGUGUUUUGAAAGUGCGAAGCACUGUGCGACUUCGAUGUCUACGUUCCUGCACUUGUACUCGGAACGGACACUUCUUUUUCCAUUUGACUCAAAUUUGGAGCAACUUCCACCUGCCAUCAGAAAGCUAUCCAUCGAUUUGAACGCCUGCUCGGUGGAGGCGCAUCGGGUCGCCGAGGCAUUCAAGGAGAUUCUGAUUCGCGAACAGUUUGACACAUUUGACGAGUUGAGUGAACUGAAAACGCCACUGCAAGAUUUUGCCACGUAUUUUGCAGCUCUGAAACCCGGAAUCCUGGAGCUAGAGAGGGCCGAAAAGCAAGGUCCUUGGAGCAAUGGUCACCUGGACAACCUAUCUGGAUGUUUCACCAUGGCAUGGGUUUCGCUUUCCGAGAAAUAUUCCCAAUUGCUCGCGGAAUUUUCUGCUGAUGGAACCACGAAGGUUUUCACGAAAAUCCGGGAAACGUGUGAGGCUGUAAAACAACUGCGUGAUGCUUUUUGUGGCCGCUGGCGGUUUGAAGAUCGGUUGCCGGUGGCGAGCAAGAAAUUUAAAUGUAUCGGAAGCGCCUUGUGUGAUUGUCUAUCUCAACUGGACCAGGAAAGCGCUCGUCUAAUGGCUCGAACAGAGACGGCACUUACGAUGCCGAUAUUGCAAGCAGAGCAACAAAAUACGGAAAAUGAAAACGAUUCAGACCCUCCAGUGCUCAAAAGCGAAGCUGGCCAAGACACGAUCACAACUCUUUCAAAACCAACAUUGAUCUGCAAGGUUCUACCUUCGCCUGCCUGCAAUAAUAAUGACAUCGCUUUCACUGAUUCAAGUUCAAUGAUUACGUGUAAAAAACAACGGCUAAGAAUUGCGGAGCUCGAAGCUGAUAGAGAGAAAUUAAUGGUCGAAAUCGCGCUUCUCAAGCGUAAGGCUGAAAUGGUUGUGGAAGAAGCAAGAAUGGUGGUCGUGCACGGAAUUUCCGACUCGAAUGGGAAAGUUCCCGCUUUCUCCGAUGAGGUGGAGGGUACGGCUUUGCGCCAGUUCUUCACUGACCGCUUCCGGGAAGCCUUUGGCAACCUCCAAGUCCAAAAGGACAAGGUGCUCUUCCUGAGUAACGAGUGUGCUGCGCUUUUGAAACGAGCCAGUUUGGCUGAAGCCGAUCGGAAGUUGAUCGAGGAUCGUCUGAAUGCUUCCGAGGCGCUGAGAAUGCUGGCAAAUGAUGAAUUGGAGACUGUCCGCCGUGGUUACGAGUCACAAAUGACCGAUCUAACCUCACAUAUGGCCGACCUUAACAAGAAAAUUGCCGGGCGUGAAGCAACCACUCCGACCGAUGAAUCAAGCACGUCGAGAGGGGGCCAUUCCGGUGAUCUCUGCCUUGCACUGCUUUCGUGCAUGAGCUUGAUGAUGGCAAGCGAUUUGUCUUCUACAGUCGACGGCCUCAUUUGCGGAUAUCUGCAACGGUCUAAGUACAACCGAACCUUGGCUGCAUUCCUGAAAGAAUCGCCGUGCUUCUCUGAAAAAGUUCCCGGCGUCAAAACAACUUUUGUCCACGACAAGCUCCAUGGACACACAUUGGAAUCGUUGAUUCAGGAGCUUGAAACGAUCGGCCCCGCUGCUAUUGAUAUCGCCAAGAAUGCACCGUCAUCGUUACAUGAGUUGCAGAAACACUUGAUGGAUGCUCUAUGCGUCGUGACAUCUUAUGGAAAGCCUCAGCCUCCCCGGCCUUCCUCAAGACAGCUUGUCCCCGAUGCAGAUACUGUAGCACUCCCGCUUUCUCAUCCACUGAGCAGCGAUGUUGUCAAGCUCGACGGCACGUCAGGGCACCCACCAAGUGCCGACAACGGAUUGCAGCAAAACCCGAAAAUAUCGCUCCCACUGGUGAACGAGGUCAUAAGCAACACACUAGGGCUUGCGCAAAAGUACCAAGCGAACCGGGGAGUUGAUGUGGGCGAUUUUGAGAAGACCCUAGAUCUAUACGAAUUGGCUUACCCUGAACUGGAGGAUCAACUUCUGCAGAACGCUUCCGUGGAUGACUUUACCUUUGACACGGAGAUGGUCACCUCAGCUAUUGAUUUGGACAUUCCGUUGCGAGAUGAACCAUGCAGUUCAAGCCAGUUUCCAACACAGAGCGCCCCCGUUGCUGCUACAACUCCACAGGCGGUGGUCAUCUUGCCGUCGUCCGCUACUACUACAACAACGAGCAAUGGAAUAAGGGAUCCGAUGCUGGAUCUUGUGAAAAAUCAACCGGUCCAAGAGGGCCUGGGAACAGCUCUUACGUCACGCCGGCGUAAGACAGUAUACAACCCGAAGAAAGAUUUUACCCCUCCCACCGCGAUUGAAGUCUUUUCUUCCAAUGUCCCGGCGAAGCCCAGCAAGCCAAACCAUCCUACUUCUUCGGAUGCGAACCGCGCCAGCAAUCCGACGGUGUCCGUUGUAACAUCGAAGAGCUCGGUGGCCCCAACGGCUGCUAUCCAUUUGGCUACACACGCCGUCGAAGUUCCUGCAGAAAUCCCAGCUUGGGACCGGUCGACGGAUAGAACGGCUCUAAAGCACAAGCCGGAGCAAUUGCUGAAACGCGGCGUUCCGCCUACCGGUACAAACGAAAUCAACGAUUUGUUCCUGCCCUCUUCUGACGAUGACGCCGAUGCCAUCUUGUCAGCCGCACCAAAGCGCCAGAAAAGGAAGGAUAGUCCUAUCCGGAAGCCCGAGAAUCAGCCCAGUUCCUCGAAGAACCGUCCGCACUCGCCGACGCCCAGUCGCCAACCUUCACGAAGCCAAACCUCAGCCAGUACAUCAAGGUCCAGUGAAUCAAGAUCCAAUUCUGAUGGUCGUUCUUCGCUUGGAUCGUCUUCUUCGAGGCGCCGGGAACACGUGGAAGCCGGUGCUGGACGGGAAAAAGCCGGUCAUUCGAAUGAUACACUUCCCAAGCCGCUGGAUUCGACUCACAAGAGAAAUUCGACGAAUGGUGCCGAAAAAUCAACCCAUGUUCCUGUCGCUGUUAAGGAUAGGACGCCCAUUCGACCAGGAGACUCCAAAAAUGAGAUCUCGCGCGAAAAUCCAAAGCGCCCAGAUGGCCUCUACCAGAAAGAAUCGACUUCGAAGGACAGGAAUGAGAUUGGUCGAACCACGGCAGACCCGCGAGACAGUCGAAGAACCAUCCACGUCCCCGAGAAGCACCCGCAGAAUCAUGCAACUUCCAAUACCGAAGAGACGAGCAGGCGUGGAAGUAUCGAGGCAGAACAAGGCCGAGAUCCACGCCGCGUAAACAUGCAGGAGCCGACUACUCCCGAUCUAGAGCAAAAGAAACAAGAAAGGGCUGCCAGGGACAGUGCGGCGUUGUUGAAGGCGCUGAACGAAUUUUCCAAGACUCAACCGAUGAAGCAUAGCGCCUCGCAAAAGAAAGAGACCGAGAAACAGCCGUUCCUCAAUGCUCGAGAGGAGCUAGCGAGGCGUAGCAGGAUGCUAUUGCAACCGCCGCCAUUGCGUCAAGAGAGCCGGAAAGAGAAUGUUUACCAAGAUAUCUCGGUCGGCUACACGACGAGGUCAUCAAUGAUUGCAAAAUCCAACUUGGGACUUUACACGCUUCCAUCAAGGCUAAUCGAUGCCAGCAAUAAAAAACCGGGUACCGCCGAGCAAGCGUCAACAAGCGCGCCAAACCCUUCGCUCGUGUCAAGAAAACCAAGAGAUCCGCGGCUCGAAGAAAAUCACACGGUAUAUGAGGAAGGCGAAUACUCGAGAAGCAGUCUGGACUCCGACAACUCUCUCGGCGGUGCCAAACCGAAU